GGUUAAAAGAAAAUCGUGAUUUUUUUAUAAGUUUUUCGUAAAUGUUUUAAAAUUAUUGAAUAAAAAUGGCCAAUCGCACAGUUAAGGAGGCCAAAAAUAUACAUGGCACAAAUCCGCAGUAUCUCAUUGAAAAAAUUAUUCGGUCUCGCAUUUACGAUUCCAAAUAUUGGAAGGAACAAUGUUUUGCUUUAACUGCGGAACUUUUAGUGGACAAAGCUAUGGAAUUACGUUAUAUAGGAGGUGUAUAUGGUGGAAACAUUAAACCAACACAGUUUCUCUGCCUAACAUUGAAAAUGUUACAAAUACAACCGGAGAAAGAUAUUGUUGUGGAGUUCAUAAAAAAUGAAGAAUUCAAGUACGUUCGAGCUCUGGGUGCAUUUUAUCUACGUUUAACUGGCAGCGCAUUGGAUUGUUACAAGUACUUGGAACCUUUGUAUAUAGAUAACCGCAAACUGCGGAGACAAAAUCGAGUGGGUCAAUACGAAAUCGUGUACAUGGACGAAUUUAUCGAUGAGCUUUUGAGAAGUGACCGAGUUUGUGAUAUUAUUUUGCCGCGCAUACAGAAACGAUCAGUUUUGGAAGAAAAUAAUGAACUGGAACCUAAAGUAUCUGUAUUAGACGAAGAUCUCGACGAAGAUUUAGUAAGCGAAGAAGAGAAUGUGGAAGAAGAAAAUGAAACAAAGGGAAAAUCUCUGAAAAAAUCAAGAAAAGAUCAUUCAAAAUCAAGAUCAUUAUCUCCUAAUCGUCGUGAUGAAAGUAUUGGAGCCGGACCAAGCCAUAGUAGUCGAUCUCGCGAAUACAACGAAGACCUAGAACGCUAUCAACGUGAACGAGAAAGAGAUCGUCGUGAUUAUGAUAGAAGUCGGAAUGAUCAUCGUUACGAUGAACAUGAACGGGAUAGAGAAAGGGAGCGCGAUCGUAUUAGGGAUCGUGGUGACAAUCGUCGAAGAGAUGAUUAUACAGAUGAUCGCUAUGACCGUCGUGAUGAUUAUCGUAGUGAACGUGGUCGACAUGACCGCGACCGAAGAGAUCGACGUUAUUAAAAUAUGUGUAAUAAUUGAUAAUUAUUUAAUAAACCAUUUUUUUAAGUAAUCCUAAA